AUGAGCAAAAUACUUGCAGUCAUUGGCGCCACUGGCCAGCAAGGCUCUGGGGUCGUCGAUUAUGUGGCCCACGACCCAGAACUUUCGAAGGAGUGGAAAGUCCGCGCCAUCACUCGCAAUGUUGAUUCGGAUAAGGCCAAAUCCCUCAAGGCAAAGGUUGAAGUUGUUCAAGGUGAUGCAACUGAACGAGCAUCUCUCGCGAAAGCUCUUCAAGGUGUACAUACUUUGUUCGCCAUGACUACACCUGUGUUUGGGGUGGAUGACCCACUCGAAGCCGAAUUCCAAGUUAUCAAAGGGAUCGCCGAUACUGCUGUCGAAGAAGGUGUUCAAUACUUCAUUUUCAGCACUUUACCAUCAAUCAGGGACGUUUCGAACAAUAAAUUUACAGCGGUCGCGCCUUUUGACGCCAAGGCGAAAGGCGAAGCAUAUAUAAAAAGCCUCCCAUUCAAAAGCUCCUUCUACUGUCCGGGAUCAUUCAUGGAGAACUUUGCUACGCAGCCCAUGCUUGCUCCACGACCGGAUCCAAGCCAGAAGGACACCUGGGUCUUCACCCGUAACAUGACUCCGGAGACGACGAUGCCUCUAAUCGAUAUCACCGGUGAUGGGGGAAAAUUCGUGGGCGCCAUCCUCGCUGAUCCGGAUAAAUAUGAGGGCAAGACGAUAUGUGCUGCCACCAGAUUGUACACUUUGUCUGAGAUGGCUACGGCAUUGUCGAAGUCCACAGGCAAGAACGUUGUCUUCAAGCAGGUCUCGGAUGACGAGUUUGCGAGGAGCCUGCCAGAUAUGGUGGCUACCCUCUUCGUUCACUAUUUCGGCUACAUUAAUGACUAUGGUUAUUACGGCCCCGGAACGGAGGAAAAGGUGAAAUGGGCUGCGGAGCAGGCGCGAGGCAAGCUCUCGACAUUCGAGGAUUAUCUGGAGAAGCAUCCUUACAAGCUGGAAUGA